AAUGGGAGAGAAGAAACCAGGAAGUCCAGCAAGAUGAAGAUCUCUUUGCUUCAGGUUUUAACCUCUUUGGGGAACCCUACAAGACAAAUAAAGGCGACGCCCUUGCAAACCGUGUCCAGAACACAUUGGGAAAUUAUGAUGAGAUGAAGGAUCUGUUAACCAACCACUCCAACCAGAGCCACCUUGUAGGAAUCCCAAAGAAUUCUGUCCCACAGACACCCAUUGACAAAAAUGAACAGAAUUUUUUCCCAGAACCAAGGAACAGGAUGAUCCCAUCUCAUCAGAUCAGCAGCAACUCAUCAACAUCGAUGCCUCCACCUUCUUCAUUGUCAUCUAAUUCUACUUUGCUACACAGCCACCAGAGCAGUAGGAAGUCGAGGACAGACUGGUCACGCAGUGGUCACAACUCCAGUGGGCCUCAGCCGAGCCAAUCCAGUGGUCAGCAAAGCCGGACAAAGCACAGCUCUUCUCAUGACCAGUCACAGGGCAGGUAUGAAGAUCUCUAUAAUUGCCAGAGUGAGCAGCAUAAAAGUGGAGGAACUGAGGAAGCAAAUGCUAUGGCAGCAUCUUCACAUUCGAGGAGGCACACUCAUGCAAAGUCAGCACCUGGAGAACACACUUACAAAGAAAACAGUCAUUCGAAGUCACCCACAGAGCUUGAGUUUGUAGGCCAUGGUUCUGGAUCUCCACUUCCUUCCACUUCUUUGUUAACUGCAAACAAUGGUCUCUCAACUCCAAAUUUCCCACCAGGACUUCACUGUAAAAACAGCAUGGUCCAGCAAAAGCCUACAGCUUAUGUUAGGCCUAUGGAUGGUCAGGACCAGGUACCCAAUGAUUCACCUGAACUGAAACCCCUGAUAGAAAUUGAGAGUGGAUAUGGAAAUCAGUCCUUUGGAGCUCUGCUGGAAGGAAAAGUGAACACUCCUAGUUCGAAGAACAAAGUACCAAAGCUCAACAUUCCUCCUGUUAGUGAAGUUGCCCUUCCCAAUGACUCCAGCUGUGUGGAAGAAAUACUGCGGGAGAUGACCCAUUCCUGGCCUCCUCCUCUUACUGCUAUUCACACUCCUGGCAAGGCUGAGCAGACCAAGUUUUCUAUCCCAAGCAAGGACUCCCAACAUCUGACCUCAGGAUACAAUGUACAAAAGUGGAGUGAUCCAGCAGGGAAAGUUGCUACUAAGUCAGUACCACAAAAGUCAAUGCUUGAGGAUGAUCUAAAACUCAGCAGUGAUGAAGAUGACAAUGAACAGGCUGCCGAAAAGACAAAAUUGAGAAACAUUCCUGUAAACAGCCUGCCAGUGCCAGUGGCACACGCCACUGGCUUGACCCAUUCCAGCGGCGGCUCCGACAGCUCCAGCGAGUCCGAGAGCAGCUCCGAGUCCGACUCCGACAGCGAGAGCAGCUCCAGCGACAGCGAGUGCAACGAGGAGUCCCGCAGUGCCACACCAGAGCCCGAACCCCCUUCAACAAACAAAUGGCAGCUGGAUAAAUGGCUAAAUAAGGUGAACCCCCACAGCAAGACCAUCAUCAACAAUCAAAAUGAGCCUCACAGUGAGAGCAGCUCCCAGGCCCAGAGCAACCAGCAGGCCGAAGGGCCAAACAAAGGGAAGCUCAACAGUAGCCUGCCCCCAACCGAUUCCAAAGACCGGGCAAUCCUUAGUCCCAUCCGAGAGAAAGCCAAACCACGGGUUGCCCAGAAAACCCCAGAGGCAAAAGUCUCCAAGCAGAAGUCACCAGCUCAUAAUGAGCCAACUUCACAAAGGACUACUGGGAAAAAGCAACCCAAAAAGGUAGAAAGGACUUCCAGUGUAGAAGAGUAUAACUGGCCCAAACCAAAUAAUACCAGCAACACUCCCAAAGAAAAAGAUACACAGGAACCCCCUGAGCAGCCAAAGGUUCGAACUAAAGCAGCAGUUGGGAAGACAGCUCCAAGGAAAGAACCACGAACUAGCACAGGUCUCAAUUCAGAGAAGAAAAAGUACAGAGGCCCCAGCAAAAUUAUCCCGAAGUCCCGGGAGUUCAUUGAAACUGAUUCAUCUACUUCUGACUCAAACACAGACCAGGAGGAGAGCUUGCAGGCGAAGGUGCUGCCAGCCUGCACUGGAUCUGCUGGUGGUGUCAAAGUGAAGGACUCUGGCAGUAACAUCCUCAGCGUAAGUAGCUUAACCAGCAAUGGCAGCAACACAUCCAUUGACCAGAACAGCAAUGACCUGGAGGAGCAGCUCUUUUCUCCUAUCCCAAUCGUACAAAAUGAACUUCUGUCCCCACUGAGAGAAUAUGAAGAACUUAAAUCUUUGUGGGUGAAAAUAGACCUUAGUUUACUCUCUAGGGUACCUGGACAGGAAACUUUUGAGACCACGUCUGUAAAAAGUGAGCCAAGAGAGGCAAAUGUGAAACACAGGCGACCAUCUCGAGAGUCUCCUACCCCAGCAGCUGAAAAACCCUCCACAAAAACCAAAAGGAAACACAAGACAGAAAGCCUGGAUACUUUUGUUGAAAGCAAGAAGCAGCGCCUGGAGGACCCUCCAGCUUCCUGUCUGCUCCCACCUUGUAUCUCUCCAAUACCGAACCACAGAAUAACCAGCACUAAAGAGAGCAGCAGUAGCUCAGUGAAGAAGGCAACAAAGAAAAGAGAAGAGAAGCUGUUCCCUCCUCCCUUGUCCCCACUCCUGGAUGACCCCGUGCACCGGCGGCACAGCAGUGACAGCAGCUCCUUCAGCCAGGAGCCCACUGUCACAAACUCCUCACAGACCAGCAGCUCUUCCUCCUCUGUUUCUAAACACAGAAAGAAUGAAAAUAAAUCUUCUUCUAACCCCAAAGCAAUCUGUGAGGAAGAAUGUCACAGUACACCCACAGCCAACACUCUUCUUGACACCAGCCAUCUAGAACCAGACAUCUGGUCUGCAAUGCCAAGGCUUUCCAAUGGGAAUUCUGAGCCCAGAAGACCCAAAAUAACAUUUGAUGAUGUGCUUCACAAUGCAGAUUAUUACAUGCAAGAGGCUAAGAAGCUGAAGCAUAAAGCAGAUGCACUGCUGGAGAAGUUCGGUAAAGCAGUGAAUUAUGCUGAUGCUGCCCUCUCCUUCAUCGAGUGCGGGAAUGCUAUGGAGCGAGAUCCAUUAGAAGCUAAAUCGCCAUACACCAUGUACUCAGAGACUGUGGAACUCAUCAGGUAUGCAAUGAGACUCAAGAAUUUCACAGGCUCUUCUGCCACAGAAGGGGACAAGAAAUUAGCAGUUUUAUGCUACCGAUGCUUAUCACUUCUCUAUUUGAGAAUGUUUAAACUAAAGAAGGACCAUGCUAUGAAGUACUCCAGAUCUCUGAUGGAAUAUUUUAAGGGUUUUACAAGGUGCUACACAGACGUGAAAGGCAGAAUGAGUAAACAGAACUCUUCUAAAGCCUCACAGGCCCCCUCACCUUGGGGCAGCAACGGAAAGAGCACAGAAACCCCCUCGCCAAUGUCCCUGAGCCCAUCCCCCAUCAGCUCUGCUGGAAGCAGCACGGGCACCGCCAGCUCAUCCUCGGUGGGGACCAUCACCAUCCCCCAGCGCAUCCACCACAUGGCUGCCAGCCACGUCAACAUCACCAACAAUGUCCUGCGCAGCUACGAGCACUGGGACAUGGCUGACAAGCUGACCAAGGAGAACAAAGAGUUCUUUCUAGACCUGGACUCAGUGAUGGGACCCUUAACACAACACAGCAGUAUGACCAAUCUGGUUCGUUACAUUCGCCAGGGACUCCACUGGCUCCGCAUUGAGGCUCAUUUGUUGUAGUGACUGCUGCCCUGUUCAUGACAUCCCCAUUCUUCUACCUCUACCAGCGCAGAGACGAUCACUGGUGGAACUCCACUCAUUUUUGGAAGUUUAUUCAUGUAACUUCAUUUUUAUUGCCUUUUUUAAUACCCUAUUGGAAGUAGAAGUCACCAUAAAUGAAAGUUAUGACUCAAGAGCAGUAUGUGUUGUACCAUCGAAUCCUUUUUGACAAUUUUCUAUGCCUUGUGUCUCCUGGAUCCUGCCAUCCUUAUGUGCUUUACGGAGCGGUACAUUCCCUGCAGUAUUGUUUUAAGUCCAUGCUGCCUUCAAGUGAAAACAAGAAAAGCACUUUGAGAAGAUAUGGAUUCCUGAGAAAUAGUACAAAGCAUCUUAAAUAUUUGAGGGUAUAUAUGAGAAGUCCCUUCUGAAAUAAAUUGGUAGAAGUUAUAGCUAUACAUUCAAAAUCAUCUUCUGAACCUGAACCAAGCUUUUUGACGCUAAUUCUGGCAUCAUUACCUGACUCAGUACAUUCCUAAAAUUUCUUACUUCCUAUAGGUUUAAUCUCUAAAAGAGAACAUUGAAUAUCUUACAGGUACAUAAUGUAAGAUCACCAAAGGUGUUAAGAGGUAAAAGGUUGAAGGAAUGCCUCAUUAAAGAAUGAUGACACACUAUGCAAUGAGGUUUUGAUAUUCCAUUCUUCCUGUUUAUUGUUGGCUUAAUAAUUUCAGUAGGCAGCAGAAUUUAUUGAAAUUUUUAGGCAGUUUCAAAAUGUUAGCUUUCUUAGUCUUAUCUACCAUUCCUGAAUUUUGCUUCUGUUUUACUGUUUAGUCUCAAACAAAUACUUAUCCAAUAUUUCUUAGAACAAUCUCUCCUUGCAUAGUGACUCACUAAAAGCAGAUUUUAACAGGACUGCUGCACUCUAAGCAUUGAUAUUGUAUGUAGAAGUCCAUUAACAAGUGUAUGCAGAUUCUUCAUGAAUUAUGUAGAAGUUUAACUAACUAGCCACUGUUGAAACAUUGUAAUUCCAUGUGGCAUCAAUUUUCACCUGUUUUGUUCAUUUCAGAGCAUUAGAAAUGAACAGUAUUAUCUUGAAAACAAUGUCAAAUUAAAUAAAAUCACCAGAUUUACCCAAAAGCAAUAUAACAUUUGUUUAAUAAUGGCCAUGAAUACUUCAGUCAGAUUACCUUUUUUCCAAGCUCUGCAUCUGUUUACCCAUGCUGUCGUGUUUUGGACCAUUCCUCUAAUGCGUGAAUAAUAAUGAGACAAUUCAGAUAGAAUUUCAAAGCAAUUGUGAAUAAAUUGCACCAUUUCACAUUUGCUCUUUCCUCUUAUUUUUUUUCCCUGUUAUAAACUGCACUGCUCUUCUGGUGCCACUGCAAGGAGCGCUGGUGCAUGAAACAAAACAAAAUGAAUUUAUAUCAAUAAUUCACAAAACUUUAAAUGGUCUCAUCUCAUUCUUGAUAAAAUGCCUGCAUACCUUACUGAACUGUAAAUUCCAUUUCUAUAAACAGAAAAUGCUCAUAGCAAUGUAAAUAAUAUUCUGUCUCAUCUCAUUGAAAUAAUACAAUAUGUGUAUUAAAUGCCAUCCAGAUAUUAGUUAAUUGCAAUUACCUUCUGCUUUAUACACCUGUAUAUUUUUUAAUCUGGUGAGUUAUUGGAUUCUACUGACUGGAUUGAGACCAGAUAAAUAGGACAAGUUUGCAUUUAAAAGGUUCAGACUGUUAAGACUUUUAGAUCAGGCCUUGGAUAUUUACAAUAAGAGUAGUUUAAGGUCUCUGCCCAGUGCACAUUUAAGACAAACAUUUCAGUAGCUUUUGCGUAUUAGCUCCCUGUAGUACUACCUUUUCUUAAAAAUCAGUAAUUCCUAACAUUUUGUUCCACAAGACUGGAAGUCUAAACAUAGCCAACGUGCAUCAUUAGAGAAAUCAUCCGGUGUAGGGUUUUCUGCAAAGGACAUUUGCAGAACAUGCACAUCCUGUAUUAUCUGCACAUUCCUGUUCCUGAAGUGGUUGAGUCACCCUUACCUGUUCUCUGAGGGUUUCGGUAACAUGGCUGAAACCUGAAUCUGGCACACUGGUCACGCUGACUCUGGCCCCAGUAGCUAAUGAAUAAAAUUAAUAAAAAAGCAGUGAGAACUAUUCAGAAAUGUAGAUGAAUGGUGGUGGUCGGGGGUUUUUUAAAGAAAAAGAAAAUGAAACAUUUGAAAUAAUUUUUUUAACAGGUCCAGUACUUGAGUUGAAGUAAGGUUGGGCUGGUUUUGUCAUAAGCCAGAGUUUUCCAUUCUUUUUUCAAGUAACUAUUCAGUCUAAUUAAAUGCAUUAUCAUCACUUGCUCCUUUAAUGUCGAUUGAAAUCCAAGACUUCCAUGCAUUUACAAGGGAUAGCAAUGUCUUGAAAUACAGUCUUCAGACACAGGACUCUUCAGAGUUUGCUGCAGUCACUCAGUGAUCAGCAUGUAUUAUCUUUUCCCCAUCGCUUGUGGUAAACAGGCUCCUAUCUCUAAAUUUAUCCCAUGUUCACAAUCUUUUGCUUAAAUAGCUUAAGGAAUUAGACCUCCUGAUUUUUGAAUCCUGUGACUUAGGUUGAAAUGUAUGCUGAAUCAAUGGCAUGAUGAUAAGAAGUCCAGCAGUCAAGUCUAGGAUCACAAGCCAACUUACUAUUUAGCAGUCUUGUUUCAAAAGCGGCUUAGAAACAAAUUAAAUAUGGAGAGUAAAUUACUGUCUUAUCUCUGGGGAUGAUGCUUCUUUUGGAUUAGUUGUUAAGGAUUAUUGCACUUUUACAGGCACUAUAUUCAUCUCAUUUCAAUUGCCAACAUGUCAUCUUCAUGGAAUCAUUUUACCCCUUAAAGUAUUACUUCUAGCAGAGCUGAUCAAAUGAGAUUGUUUGUUUCAAUUCAUGGGAAAGCAGCAUGACUGUGCUUGACUUGAAAUGUCUACACAUAAAACUGCCCAAUUCAGGCUU